UAUUUUUUCCUCUAUAAUCCACUAACCAUGCACUUUGGUACUACCAUUCAAAGCACAGAUUCCAAAAACUGCUACAAGACAAUAAGCCAAAGGACAAUAAACUGUGAGACUCGUACCUCUACAAUAGUACCUUUGCUUUACACCCCACUUCUUUUUUUUGGCCUCUCCAGCUUUUUCUAUUCAAAACUCACAAGAUUUCAGCUAAUUCCAACAUCAUAACCAACCCCAUUUCCUUCAUUCUGCAUUUCCUCUCUAGAAAAUGUUUAAACUCUGGUGUUUUUUCCUUCUUUAUUUUGCUUUAAAUGCUGCAGUUGGUCUAAGUGACUCAAAUCUUGUGCAACUACAGAGUUUUCCAAACACUGGCAUUUCUAUUGCAGUUUCUUUGCCUAUUGAAGACCUUAAAAAUGUCUACAACAGUGUUCUUGAAGCUGAAAAGUGGCUAAGGACUAAUGUUCUAGCUCAUUAUCCAGCUACCAACAUCACUACUAUUCUUGUUGGUCACACUCUUAUGUGCAAUGAAGAACAAGAAAACAAAGUGAUUUUUAUCUUGCCUUCAAUCAAGAACAUUUACUACUCUCUUACAAGGUGGGGUUUGCAUACUGAAAUCAAAGUCUCUACUUCUUUUUCUUCCAACUGUUUGGACCAAGAUUCUGAAAAACAUAUUAAACCUCUCCUUCACUUCUUUCAACAAGUUAAUGCACCCUAUGUAGUGAGCUCAACAAGAGAUUUGGAUGAAAAGAUUGAAACUUUGCUGAAUAGUCAUUUAGAGUCUAUUAAAAAGGUAGCAAAUUUUAGCCUAAACAAGAUUUUCUUGACAAGUGAGAACCUAAAACAAACAAGACCCUUAAGUAGAAAGCUCUCAGUUCUUGACUCAAAAUACACUAUUCCUAAAAGGUCAACCCCAUUAGCCCCAAAUCAUGUUUUUUCAUCUCCAGCAUUUGCUGCUAACAGCCCACUUCCUCCAUUGAUAGGAACCAUUUCACCACCACCAUUAUCUCUUCCUUUUGCUCCUGAAAUGCCUCCAAUUUUCAAUCCUAUAAGCCCUUUUAAUGGACCCCACUUGCCACCUUGUAUUCCAUCUCAUGGUGGUGGGGCCCAUGAAGCAGCUCCACCACCAACAACAGGGGUGCAUAGUAGUGGAUUAUGGUGUGUAGCUAAGCCAAGUGUUCCACCUGAGACUUUGCAAGAAGCUUUAGACUAUGCUUGUGGUGAAGGAGGUGCUGAUUGUGAGGCUAUUAGUCCAACUGGAAACUGUUAUUCCCCUGAUACUGUUGUGGCUCAUGCUUCUUAUGCUUUCAAUAGUUAUUGGCAGAGAACUAAAAACAAUGGUGGAAGUUGUGGAUUUGGUGGAACAGCUAUGCUUAUCAACUCUGACCCAAGUUAUCUCCACUGUCGAUUCAUUCUUGCAUGAUAAGAUGAAUUGAAACUUGAGAUGCAAAUUGCUUGGAAUGAAGCUGCUGCCACGAAGAGAAAAGGGGUCAAAGGUUAAAUGUUGUUUUUGGUGUUAGCUCUAGUAUUGCUUUGUAGGAAUUAGGAUUUUGCUUUAUGAUAUAUCUCAAACUGGGAAGUUAGGAAUUUAGAUGAGCCAAUGAAAAAACAAACUCUUUGUUUUGUGACUUUCCAUUUUCAUAUAGCACUCAUACUAAGCCUAAUCUUUAGUAGUUAUAGUUUGAUAUAAACUA